AUGAAGCACACUUUCUCUGCUGCCUUUACGGCCCUUCUCCUGCUUAUCCUGACGGCUUGCGGUACUACGGCCGCCCCAACCAAAGAAUCAACCAAAAAGCCUUUCUCCUUCGCCUCAUGGGUUGACGAUCUUUCCCGCCCUGACAUCGUUGCUCUAACGCCUGAACAGGCUCUCGAGGCCUAUAACGCUUCUCGACACAGCGCCGUUUCCAAACGGGAGGGGGCCGGGGGCGUUUCCAAACGGUGGCCCGAAGGGUUAGGCAUGUGCUUUCCUUCAGACAUGCACGCUCCGGCUGACGAUGCAGUUGCAAUCAUUGCUCUAUUCGUAGAGAAGGGUCAGGAAAAAGUAACUCUCCGACAGGACCCAUCCGGGUUCAGAAAUGUGAUCGGUGUGCAUGGGCAGCUCACAGUAGACGCUUACUGUUAUAGAGGUGGUCGUAAUCAGUGGAUGUGCCCUGAGCGUACUGUAACUUGCCUCAUUGUUGCCCAAGCCGUGGGCCACCUCAUGGAUUCUUGCACCUGGGACAACAGUGUAGGGGGAAGUUAUUGGGUUCUCGACAGGGAACUUUUCCUAAACGUCUGGGAUGGCGCAUUCUUAAGCGUUGAGAAUUCCUAA